UUGUUUCCAAUGCUUGCACAUGUGCAUGUGGAGAGAGCGGAUUUGACUCAUGCUAACAGUGGAAUUAAUUGUUGUCCCUAAACAAGACUUGGUUCGAGCAUCACACCCCCACGGUGCUACGGAUAGAUGGGCAUAAGAUGAAGUACCAAUUCAGUUUGCAUGGUGAGAUGAUGUACAAUGGCCUUGAUGCCUGGGUGCGUGGCUGGAACGACGGGGAGAGGAGCAUGAUGCAGAGCGUUGAUCUCCCAAACUAGAGAGGAUUGCUACCACCUGAUGUUGUGCUCCACAUUGAAAAUAUUGAUACUGACAACGCCCGUGCUGUGCUCAUUGCGAUGCUUUCGACGUCCAAGCUUGGUUUCCCACUCUGCAUGUGUUGUCUGCUCUUGUUCCCUGUGUGGCUUGCUAACGACUGGUCCCUGUACGCCUUCGACAUGGAGCUGACCAGGGUCACGGUGAUGGACCCAUUGUACACGCAGGUGGGGUCACCAGUGUACGAGAGGAAGCACGGGGCGACCGUGCGCAUGCUGCUUAAAGGGCUUAAAAUCCUGGCCACCAUCCUGUUUGAUGACUGGGAGAUGGAUAUUUCCAAAUGGACUGUUCGGUACAACAUUGAUAUGCACAUAGCUUGUGGCAGCGGUGAAUCGCCUGGCUACAUUGCGCACUAUGCGGACAACUUCAAUGCUUACGAGCUGGAGGAAGCCGUUCCUGAAGUUGGUCUUCCCCUGCGUCGGAAAAGGAUGCUCUAUGAGACAAUUGCCUGCUCGGGCAACACCGCUCCUCACCCAGGAUUCAUGGAGGAAGUGGAGGUGGAGGAGUAGAACACUUGACUCCAUGUUGUCGACAUGUCACCCUUUUGGAGCUGCUGCGUGCAAGGACAUGUUUGAUUAUAUCCGGUGAGGAUGGAAGUUGUACCUUUUUUGUAGCUGUCUUGUUGACAGUUCUGUAAGCCCAUUGUGUGCUGGGCUUUGCAAUGUGCUAUGUGUUGAACCUAUGUGGUGCUUGUCUAAGUAUUUUGGCAUGGAACUGUACCAGCCAUUGAAACCUAUGACUAAUCAAUGUUUGUUUCUAUGAA